ACCUUGUCGAAUGGCUGUCACACAAAAAACUGCUAUACAAACCCAAUGUCGUGUGUACACAUAACCAAGAGAGUGAUGGUCCCAUUGAAGGAGCGAGAAGUCGCCAAUGCGAACCUAUGUCCCAUUAUUUAGAGGUGGCUACGCCUGACGGAGGCGAAAACAUGGCAGAACUACAGGAUACGGUGGAGAAGGUGUGCCGCCUUGAGGAUAUUUGAGUUGGUUGCGGUGGUGUAAUUAUGGUAUGGUGUAACACAGUCGGAACGAGCACAAGAAGACAGCAUUCACGUCGCCGACAGCCCUAACAAAUAUGAGAAUGUGUCCAGAUUCAACGCAAGCACCAUUAGCGCUCGCAGUGGUAACUUCGGUAAGGGGGCGGAGGUGGGGCGAUCGGUGGCGCAGAUAUAUGAACCAACGCUUCAAGAGCGAGCUCACACGCUGCUAGCUGGGCCGUACGGAUUGGCGCUGGAGAUCAUAAAUUUCGCUCUGAGCAUGCUUAUCUUCUUCGCGUACAUUGCUGAGCUCUACGACAAGGACAUUUACUAUUCCCACUCUCGCUUUGCGGUUGAGGUGAUCGCGACGUCCUUCUUCAUUUUCGACUUUGGGCUGCACCUUUUUGUCGCCAACGAUCCUUGGAAAUACGUCUUCUCUGGGCACGGAAUGAUCGAUCUUGUCACGAUUAUUCCAUCCCUAAUUGUGGUAAGUCGAGUAUAGUUGGUAUCCGCAUGUAUCGAAGAAUUGAUUUCUUUUGCAGUUCGUUGACCCAGGGACUCGAUCAAAUCUGAUGUUUGUCUUCCGAGUACUUCGCAUCUUCCGUAUUCUACGUGUUUUGCGACUGGCUCGUUACAUCAGGUUCAAGAAACACGGAUUUGAGUACGAGGUGAGACUAAUUUCAUUGCCGGCAAAUAAACUUUAUUGCUUUAGCCGAUGUCAGCCGAGUAAACUCAUGAAAUUCGUGUACCCAGCUUGGAGUCUUCAUUCUAUCGACAAUUGCCGUUAUUCUAUGCGCGGCUGGGAUCUACCAAGCACUAGAGUCAGAUGAGUACGAUGAAGACGAUAAACUGGAGUUUCACGACUCGCUAUACUUCGUUUUGGUAACGGUAUCGACUAUAGGCAAGCAUAAUAAUUUAUAUGCUAGGGGAAUUGCUAGCUAAAUCACCUGUACGUGUGGUCACAGGCUACGGAGAUAUCACCCCGCGCACUCUUCUGGGGCACAUGUUCGUGAUUGUUGCCAUUAUUGCCAUUUUCACGAUUGUUCCAGCCGAAGUCAACAAACUCAACGCGCUUGCCAAACUAAGCAACCCGUGGGAUAAAGAAGUCGUGGUCAAGUCGUCCGGACACGUCAUCGUAUCGGGAUACAAUCUCUCGGCUAGCACUGUACUCGAGUUCCUUCAAGAAUUUUAUCAUCCUAGUCGUGGAUCUAUUCAUUUGGAUGUGGUGUUCAUCAGCGACGAACCCCCAUCGCCCGAGGUGCUUUGCGUUCUUGAAAAGCAAAAAUACCGACGAAGAACUAGCUAUCUACGAGGAAGUUUAAUGAAGGAGCGGGACCAAUGUCGAGUUAAAAUGGCAACUGCGACUGCAGUCUUUUUCUUAGCCAACAAUCGGAAUGAACCAGCCCAACAAGAUGCAGCAACGAUUCUGCACGCAGUCUCUAUACGAAAUUAUGCAGAUACUUGUGGGAAGCACGUGGAUAUUUACAUUCAGUUGCUAUCACGUGUGUACGAAUACGAAAUGUCGUCAGCGCUACUAGGUGCAAACGCUACAAAAACGUCUGCGUUGAAGGAUAUGCUACUUGCUCGAGCCGCAGUGUGUCCAGGAUCCAGUACACUGAUCUUGAAUUUAAUUCGCUCGUAUCAUAUAGGACAGUACGCUAAGCGGCGAAAAUGGGACAAAGGAUGGAUUCACGAGUACUUGGACGGAUUGACAUAUCAAGUAUUCCCUAUCAUGUUUUCGUCCCGCUUCGACAACCGUAAAUUCGGUGUCGUAGCUCGACACAUCUACGAGAAAUAUGGAGCACUACUCAUUGCAACCUUCAGCCGUAGUGGUUGCGAAGGAAUGCACGGCGGUACAGUUUAUCUCGCUCCUUUUGACUCAAUUAUUAGUGAAGGGGAUAUUAGUUUUGUAAUUGCUAGAACAGCCUCGGACGUUAUUCAUAUUGUUAAUUCGUAUGGAUACUGGGAGAAUGAAUCUGAAGAAGACCUCAGAUCAUCUGCAAGUUUAUUAACAUCCCCCGUACGAAUAUCAUCGGACUCUCUUUGGCGGCGAUCACCUCGCCAUCUUUUUCAUCCAAUGAUGAAAUCAGCAUCUGUCCGUAAUAUUCGUUUUGAGCUGGGAGAUCAAGUCGAAGAUUAUGAAUGGAGAAACCCUGCAGCAAGAGUGGAAGCUUCUAUUAGCGACACUUUAGCCAAGAACUGCGAUGUUCUAACCGCUGCGUUGACUACUGAUACAAAAGCAAGCUCUCCAAUUCGAGUUAACCGUGUCCAGUCCACACCAUCGGUCACAAAUUCGUCUUCUCACGGAAGCCCAUUGUAUACAGCUAUCCGAUCCAAAGACGUCGACAGAAUUGAAGCAGCUUUCCAGCGAGAUCACUUAAGAUCGAGCGUAAAGGGACUGUCGGGUCAUUACGUCAUUUGCUCGAGGAGCUUGUCAGACGCAGUCUCAAUCUCCAGUCUUCUUCGGAGAUAUGCUCAACAGGAAUGCCAACGUAACUCACAUGAACGGCAAACCGACGAAGCACAUAUCGUGUUCUUGAUGGCAUACAGACCAACAGCUAAGGAUCUACUGAUGGUGGCGGAAAAGAGCACAGCAAAUUUACUACGAGGUAUAAUUAUUGUGGUUGGGAGCCCAGCUCGAAUCAACGAUCUAUUACGUGUUGAGGCAUCAAAGGCUCUGCAAGUUGUGAUCCUGCCACUAGACAAAAGCGUAUCGAGAGAAACAGACCAAUUUACAUCCAAUUAUGAAGUAUCUGAGUUCGGACUGAGUGGGCAAAAUACUUGGACAGACGACGAGCGCCUGGCUGACUUUGGUGUUGUUUGCUCUUUACUAGCAGUUGAGCAAACGAACCAGGGCCAUUCCAGACCAGUUUCGCCUAGAAAUCGACAUCGGAAGAGCAGCCGACAAGAAAGCGAUUGUGAGUCUUCACCCACUGCUAAUACCACGUUCAAGCGUGAGUUGGAACAAGGGAUUCCAUUGGAGAGCGUAAAACUACGAGCGUUGGGACGAUUUCCUGGUCUAGACCCUGGUAUCUUUCGUGAAAAGUCCGAUGUUAUUGAUGAUGUAUUGCAGCAAUUCGACAACCAGGCUAUAAAAGCUGAGCGGAAAUUCACCGCUGCUGGCUCAAGCGCAGCCAGCAGAAAUACGCUUUCGGUGUUACACUACGCUUGCAAUGCAAAGCUAUGCCGCCCGUGCGAUGAAGCGGUGCAGGACGAAUUUCCGUCUCUGACUCCAUCUUUUGCCGGGGGAAACGUUUUCCUAUCAAGCCUCCUUAAUCGAAUUGUCUGUCAAGCUUUCUACAAUCCCUACAUCAUGGAAGUGACUGAAGCUCUAGCAAACGGAAGCGGUUCACUGGAUUUCAAGAAGAACACUGAUGAUUUUCCAACCAUCGGAAGCAGCAGUGAUAGUCCACACCGUCGACUUUUUGAUGAGGAAAUCGACAACGAAUUCGUUGGUGAAGCUUUCAUCGAUGUUUUUCUCAACUACAUUUCAAAAGAAAUGCUCGUUAUCGGUGUCAUGCGAUCGACCUGCCCGGAGCUAGACAAUCUACUUCCAUUUGUAUACACUUGCCCUCCAUCGUCAUUAAUUAUGCACUCGAAGGAUCGGUUAUUCGUUCUCGGUUGAAGAAUUUGUUGAUAGAAAAACCUAUUGUACGAAGUAAACGUGAAAGGCUAUAAUUCGUCAAGAAAUAGCGCUCCCUUCC